AUGCUAGCUGGCAAGAUAUCUCUAGUACAUCGUAUUUUGAAAUCCCUUCACAGGACUCUGAAGUUCUGGGUUCAAGGUGACGAGAUAGAUGACUACUUGGGUCUGGAUAUGGAAGAGUUCUACACAAGCAGGAAUGUAGCACAAUUCGAAAUCAUCGCUCGAAAUGAAUACACGAGGAGUGAGGUGAAGAACCCGGUGGACUGCAGCCUUUUCUACCUCGCCUUGAGGAAGAAGACGGUGCUCCAGGGUCUAUGGAGGAUGGCAUCAUGGAACCGAGAACAGGGUGCGACCUUAAAAUUACUCGCGAAUAAUUUUGAUGAUCCUAGGUGGAGGACUACGGCUCUCAAGAAUGCGUAUGCACUAUUGAGCAAGAGACGAUUCUGCGCAGCAUAUGCGGCGGCCUUCUUCCUUCUCGCGGACCGGUUACAGGAUGCAGUCAAUGUCUGCUUGAACCAGCUGAAAGAUCUACAGCUUGCCAUUGCAAUUGCUCGCGUCUACGAAGGUGACCAGGGUCCAGUCCUCAAGAAAUUGCUCGAGGAUGAAGUGCUGGCUAUUGCCACGCAAGAGGGCAAUCGCUGGCUCGCAUCGUGGGCCUUCUGGAUGCUCCGCCGGCGCGACAUGGCGGUCCGCGCCUUGAUUACCCCCGUUUCUACUCUCCUGGAACCCCCAGCCUCUCCAGAUCUCAAGUCCAGAUCCUUCCUCACAGAUGACCCAGCCCUCGUGGUACUGUAUUCCCAACUGAGGCAGAAGACGCUGCAAACGCUGCGCGGUGCAUCCAAGGUUACCCCGAAGGUCGAAUGGGAGUUUGUCCUUCAUAACGCUCGGCUAUAUGAUCGAAUGGGUUGUGACCUACUGGGUCUCGAUCUCGGUGAGUCAGAAUUGUGA